AUGACGGGUAUUCCAUUACCUGCUGUGUUCCAGGUUGUGUGGUACCAAGCUGGUGAAGGCAACCAAAUUAAAAAAAUUCCCCUCCCGAGACCUUUCAACUCACGUCACAAUGGGAAAUAUGUAAGCACUGAGUCUACACCCUCUGAAACUGCUGACACUGGAUUCAGCCCUGAAGAAUGGGCCAGAAUGCUGAAGGCUCUGGACUGGCCAACUCCAGAUCAGCCCAUCACACACAUAGCCAUGACCACAUGCCCAGCUUGCUCCACAUUCUCCAUACUGGGACAGAAAGAGAAGUACAGAGCGGGAGAUGAAUUGUAUGUCCAUAUAGUAGCAAAAGACCACAAUAAUAUCCCCAAACUAUAUGGAGGUGACUUUUUCCAAGCGAAGCUUUAUUCAUCUAAGUUGAAGGCCAGUGUCUUUGGGGAAGUUCUGGAUCAUCGGAAUGGGUCGUACUCAGCACGUCUUCUUCUUCCAUGGGUGGGCAAAUCCCAAGUUGCCGUACGUUUGGUCCAUUCUAGUGAGGCAAUACAAGUCUUCAAAAAGUACCUGAAUUCUGAUGUUGUGCGACAUUUUUACUGGGGUCAUUUUGAGGGCACUGGACCCAAUGGAACAAGGAUUAAAGAGACUGUGUCCUGUAAUUUGAAAUGGGGCCAAGCUGAUGGCUGGAAGACAGGAAACUGCUGCUGCGAUUAUCGGGAUCCACAGACAGGAGACGAGUGGCAGUGUGAGAAACCGCCGACACUUCCCUGUGAUACAUGGGUGUAUCACGAAAGGGGUGGAUUUAAAAAUCCCCUGACUUCUUUUGAGCGGGAACUCUUAGCUGGGACUCUGACAAACCAAGGCAUCAAGGGGCAUAAUUUCAUCUUGAAUGUUCUUCCAUCAAAUGUGAGCAUUGGUGCGACAGAGAAAUGCCAGCCUGGAAUGCCAACACCAGUUCCUGCUGGAUUCUAUCUGAAAGAUGUCUGGACAUCUCGUGUGUGUAACAUUCAUCAUUUCAAGCCGAUAGAAAUGAAGAAGUGUCUGAACAACAAAAUGAUCUACAUGAUGGGAGACUCCACCUUAAGGCAGUGGUUUGAGUAUUUUGAAAUUAAAGUUCCAUCCUUGAAACGAAUCAACACACACAAACACAGGAAAAUUGGGCCUCUUAUGGCUGUUAACAUGGAAAAUAACAUUAUAAUCCGGUGGAGACCUCACGGUCUACCUUUGAGUUUUAUAAAGAUGCCAGCUGUAGAUCUACAUUACAUAAGCAAUCAGAUUGAUGACUUAACUGGUGGCCCAGACACAAUCAUCAUUUUUAACAUCUUUGCACAUCUUGUUUUUCACCCACUGACCUUCUACGCCCACCGAGUAUUAAAAAUACGCCAGGCUGUUUUGGCACUGCUGAACAGGGCGCCUCAAACAAAAGUGAUAAUUAAAUCUGCCAACACCGGUCACAGAAAGAACAUAUAUUCAAAUGACUGGUACUUCAUCCAGCUGAAUAUAAUUAUGAGGGAAGCAUUCAAAGACCUACCUGUGAUCUACAUGGAUGUUUUUCAGAUGACCUCAUGCCAUUAUGCCAAAGAGAAUAUACAUCCACCAGCUGUUAUUAUUGCUAAUGAAAUUGACAUAUUUCUUUCCUUUGUCUGUCCCAUUUGA